ACGCGUCAUUCUCUUUCCAAACCUGCCAACCUUUUCUCACUCUCGUGAAAAUUUUCCCUAUAAAUUAGCCUCUCAGUCUCUCAUUGCAACUCGUACAGCUUCGCACCGCAACUAGAACCAGUUCAAGCGAAGCCACAAUUUCUCUCUAAUCUUCUUCUUCUACCUUCAAGCUACUAAAGAUGGCAACAGAGACUUUUCUAUACACUUCUGAGUCAGUGAACGAGGGACAUCCUGACAAGCUUUGCGAUCAGAUCUCUGAUGCUAUUCUAGAUGCUUGUCUUGAACAGGAUUCAGACAGCAAGGUUGCAUGUGAAACUUGCACCAAGACUAACUUGGUUAUGGUUUUUGGAGAGAUUACAACCAAGGCUAAUGUUGAUUAUGAGAAGAUUGUUCGUAACACUUGCAGGAAUAUUGGGUUUGUUUCUGCAGAUGUGGGUCUUGAUGCUGACAACUGUAAGGUUCUUGUGAAUAUUGAGCAGCAGAGUCCUGAUAUUGCUCAGGGUGUGCAUGGUCAUUUCACUAAGAAGCCGGAGGAGAUUGGUGCUGGUGACCAGGGGCAUAUGUUUGGGUAUGCUACUGAUGAGACUCCUGAGUUGAUGCCUUUGAGUCAUGUUCUUGCAACAAAGCUCGGUGCUCGUUUGACCGAGGUUCGUAAGAAUGGUACAUGUGCGUGGUUGAGACCUGAUGGUAAGACUCAGGUUACUGUUGAGUAUUACAAUGACAAGGGUGCGAUGGUUCCUAUUCGUGUCCACACUGUUCUUAUCUCUACUCAGCAUGAUGAGACUGUUACCAAUGAUGAAAUUGCUGCUGAUCUCAAGGAGCAUGUUAUCAAGCCUGUGAUUCCAGAGAAGUACCUUGAUGAAAAAACCAUUUUCCACUUGAACCCUUCUGGCCGUUUUGUUAUCGGAGGUCCUCAUGGGGAUGCUGGUCUCACUGGCAGGAAGAUCAUCAUCGACACUUACGGUGGAUGGGGUGCACACGGUGGCGGUGCCUUCUCAGGAAAGGACCCAACAAAGGUUGAUAGGAGUGGAGCCUACAUUGUGAGGCAGGCUGCCAAGAGCAUUGUUGCAAGUGGACUUGCAAGGAGGGCCAUUGUGCAAGUCUCCUAUGCUAUUGGUGUGCCAGAGCCUUUGUCUGUUUUUGUUGACACAUAUGGAACAGGCAAGAUACCUGAUAGGGAGAUUCUCAAGAUUGUGAAGGAAACCUUUGAUUUCAGGCCUGGUAUGAUCUCCAUCAACCUUGAUCUCUUGAGGGGUGGAAAUGGCAGGUUCUUGAAGACUGCUGCUUAUGGUCAUUUUGGUAGGGAAGACCCUGACUUCACAUGGGAAGUGGUGAAGCCUCUUAAAUGGGAGAAGGCCUAAGUCAUAUCUAUGGUGGGAGUUUUCAGCCUUUGCCUCUAUCUACUAUUUUUCAAAACUUUUAAUAUCGAGUCUAUUUUUUUUUUCUUGUUUAUGGAUUUUUUUUGCCGCAGCAAUAUAAAAAGUGGUCUCUGUUUGUAUGUUCAAUGCAUUUUACUUUAUAUGAAUGUCAAAAAAAGAGUAUUCUACCCAUUA